AUGUCCGCAUUCGAUUCUUACAUCAUCCAAGAUCCAUCCCCGGAGUCCUCGAACGAGCAGGAUGAGAUCGAUUCUCUGCCCUCCUCGAUAGACAGCAGCGAUCUGGAUUCAGAAGAGGGGGACUCGGAUGCGCAGAGAGAAUGGGAGGCCAGCUUGCAGCAGCUGGAAUUGCUGCUGACGAUGGUCAUUGUCCCGUUCGCCGGAAAGUACUUUGGUAGAAAAUUAGCUUAUUGGAGCUGGGCGAAGUACAUGGAGUGGAUAUAUCCUGUCGAGGUUAGGAUAACGAAUAAGGCGGCUUUUAGAGCUGCCGGUGCAGUCGAAGCUGCUGCUUCCCUUUGA